ACGUGGGGGCGACGUGGGGUCGGCGCGGGCUGAGCGGCAGCGCCGCUGCGGAGCGGCCGUCGGGCUCGUCGUCCCCACCUCCUCGCGUCCGUAAGCAGUGACGAGGUCCGCUACGUAAAUCCCUUCGCGGCGGGAUAAAUAAAGAAGAAAAGGAGGAAGGAGCAAAGCUUUGAUUGCACAUGUCUUGAUAAUGAGUAAAUGUAGCAGGAAAAAGUAUAUUAAGACAAAUAUCAGACAAAUGACCAUGGAAACAGUUGAAUCUCCACAGGAUGGCAGCAUAAUAAAUUCUGUGGUAGAGCGAGAUUCUGGUCAUAUGCAAACUCAGAGUGGCCAGAAUUCAAUCCCCACUCUAGCUCAGGUUUCUGUAGCUGGAUCAGGCACCGGAAGAGGCUCCCCAGCUGUAACUCUAGUGCAGUUACCUUCAGGCCAAACUGUGCAGGUCCAGGGAGUAAUUCAGACACCACAGCCAUCGGCUAUUCAGUCACCACAAAUACAAACUGUUCAGGUAGCAACAAUUGCAGAGACAGAUGAAUCUGCAGAAUCAGAAGGUGUAAUUGAUCCACAUAAACGCAGAGAAAUCCUUUCGCGAAGACCCUCUUAUAGAAAAAUACUGAAUGAACUUUCCUCGGAUGUGCCUGGUAUUCCCAAGAUUGAAGAAGAAAAAUCAGAGGAAGAAGGAACACCCCCUAACAUCGCUAUGGCAGUGCCAACUAGCAUAUAUCAGACUAGCACGGGGCAAUACAUUGCUAUAGCCCAAGGUGGAGCAAUCCAGAUUUCUAACCCAGGAUCUGAUGGUGUUCAGGGACUGCAGGCACUAGCAAUGACAAAUUCAGGAGCUCCUCCACCAGGUGCUACCAUUGUACAGUACGCAGCACAAUCCGCAGAUGGCACACAGCAAUUCUUUGUCCCAGGCAGCCAGGUUGUUGUUCAAGAUGAGGAAGCUGAGCUUGCCCCAAGUCACAUGGCUGCUGCCACAGGUGACAUGCCCACUUACCAGAUCCGGGCCCCUACUACUGCAUUGCCACAGGGCGUAGUGAUGGCCGCCUCACCAGGAAGUUUGCACAGCCCCCAGCAGCUAGCGGAAGAAGCAACACGGAAACGGGAGCUGAGGUUAAUGAAAAACAGGGAAGCUGCUAAAGAAUGUCGACGUCGAAAGAAAGAAUAUGUGAAAUGUCUGGAAAGUCGAGUUGCAGUGCUGGAAGUUCAGAACAAGAAGCUUAUAGAGGAACUUGAAACCUUGAAAGACAUUUGCUCUCCCAAAACAGAUUAGUAGAAAUAUUUAACUAUGAACUGACUACAGCAUGUACAGUUGCUUUUGAAAGCAAUACAAUAUAUAGCCGGCAAGAAUAAUGGCUUUUUCUUUGUAUUAUUCAUCUUCCUUUCUCAUCUCUUAACAUUCCUAAAAUGCUUCACUGUACGUACUUAACUCUUAGCCCAAACUACAAUUUUUAAAAAGAGAGAAACUGUAAAAAAAAAAUGUAUGUAAAAAUUCUUGAAAUAUUUGUAAGACUUGUUCCAAUGCGACAUAUUUGCAGUUCCCAACUUCUGUGUCACAAAUAGUGUCCUAUGCAAUAAAAUUUCACACAGAUCUUAAAAAAAAAAUCAUUUUAGGAAAGGAUGAUCAAAGAUGCAUCCAGCAGUACAAUAAAAUCAAACCACAAAAAUACCUCAGGAAAUAAUGGAAAGUCUAUCUAAUUAUAUGCCUAUAUGACAAGAAUAGCCUAGGAAUGAAUUUAUGGCAUUUAUAGAUUUUUAUAUUAGUGGCUUUGUAAAGAAACUAUUGUAUUGCUGUCCUUUAAUGCCGUAAAGACAUUUUUUAAUAGAACCAUGUCAGUUGUA